UCUACAAGGUACAAGAAUCUUCAGCGCCAACAUAAUGACCGUAAUGCCCUCAAGGUACAAACCUGUAAUGCAAAUCUCCGGGGCAGCCAAAGGGCAGUCGCUGGUAAUCGUGUUAAACAUGCAAGUGCUAUUCUAGAAUGGCACCAAAUCCACAUCGGCGAUGAGAGAGAUGGAUAGAGAAAGAUAGAUAGGGAGAAUAAUAGAAUCAGGAAACUGGAGAAACAGUUUACAGGAUGCCACCAAACAAAGAAAACGACGCUGCAUAUUCUUGAGCCCACAUAAUGCUUCCCUUUUCUGCCUAUAUAUACGCCAUUCCCCCCCUCUCAAAUUCCUUCCUUUCUAUCCCAUUUCUACUUGCCUUCCACUAAAGACAUGACAGAAGUUAAUGGUAGAGCUUCCCAUUGCAAUGAAAACAGAUGUUUGCAACCUUCAACGUCUCGUAAUGAACAGAAAAAGGCAGCAGAUAACAGCCCAGACACUUCUCGAUUCGUUAAUCAUGCUUCGAUUGAAUGGGAAGAGAGCAGAAGGAAAUGGACUGGAGAUAUAUCUCAGGGGCCUCGUGGAAUGCAAAAUGAUCCAAUUAUAAGCUGGUCAACGACGUAUGAAGACUUGCUCUCGACCAAUGACCCUUUCCCUAAGCCAAUUCCUUUACCUGAGAUGGUAGAUUUUUUGGUUGAUACCUGGCAUGAUGAGGGGCUUUUUGAUUAGAUUAUCUUAUCGAAGAGGCUUCACACCGAUAAUUCAUCAGCUUCUGCUACCACAUCAGAUGUUGUUGUUAAAUAGUGAUGAACAUACUUUUAGCUUGAUUAUGCUUCUUAAUGAUGCAUUGCGUUGUCGAUAAGCUCUGCUGCUUAUAUAUUGUUCUACAACAAUAAUCACUCUGUGGGGGAUAAAGUGCUACAUCUCGAGUUGUCGAUUAAGUGCCAUGUGUUGCAUAGCUUAGGUGAGAAGAUUGAGCAUGGCUUAUUUUUUCCAAUUUUAGUUGUUGUUAGAGUGUAGUAAGAGUUUGAUAUAUAGAUAAUUCAAUCUUAGUUGUUAGUUUAGUUUCUUCUCAAAAUGUAGAAGAGCUAGCAACUAGAUUUGUAUGAACACAUGAAAUGUUGCAGAUGUUGGUGUGUAAUGCCUAAUACUACUAUUUUUGAAUUUUGAACUUA